CCUCCAUCUUCACCAUCCAAUUCAAAUUGGGUGAAGAUUAUCCCUGACCAUUUCGUCUUUGUCUUAUUCCGUCCCAUCUUGAGGUUUGUACAUCCUCAUCAUGGCCGACACUGUCACAAAGCUGGAUAAAUUCCAUCCACCUGCGUUCUUGAAGGACUUUGAGGGCGAUCAACUCAAUGCAUGGGAUAAAACUGUUGAAGGCUGGUUCAAUGAUGAAAUCGCAGGCAGGGUCGCAGGCACGGAGUAUUAUCGUACUCCGUUGACUCAGUUUUUCAACCCAAAGACGCAUGCCUUUUAUCAAUCUCUUCCACCGGUGGCCAUCACCUGGGUCGGGUUUCCUCUCAAGGUCAGAAUUACCCAGCCUACCGACGAUGCUCGUUGGGCUUGGGCAGAAAACCCCAAGAAUCAAUUCGGUCCUAGGGGUGUUACCCCUAACGGGGAGCCUGACCGGUGGAUGAUGGAUGAGUAUCUUGAGUGGUCCACCAAGAAGAAGAAGAAUGGCGAUGUGCUCAUUGCCAGUUUCACCUGCGAAGGUCCCGAGUACUGGACGGAAUUAGCCAAGUAUAAUCCCAUCGCGACGUCCAAGCACCCCGCCACACCAGCUUCGAAGGACGACCCCGGCAGGAACGACAAGAUCCUCAACAUCUACAAGAAGCUCAACCCUGACUUCGCUGAUGAUAUCGAAGGUGAUGAUCUUGUCGACGAUGACGGAGUCUACAAUGUCUACAACAAGUGGAACGGUCUAACUAACACCGGGACCAUCGCUCACUUGAUUCAAAUCAACAACUCGCUUAGUGCCGAGAUUGACAUUGCUGCUCAGGCCACCGUCGCUCGCAAGGACUUGGUGUACGGCGAGAGAAUUACUAGUGCCAUUACUCUGUGUGGCGAUGCCUCUGCUUAUGGCAACCCCUCUCGAAACUCGGAUCCCACCAUUGGUUCUGAAGUCAACACAAUUUGUCGCCUUCCUGUAACGGUAUCCGUCAUGGACCCUGUCGCUCUCUACAUUCGCGAUGCAGACUUUUCGUCAUUCAGGCUGGAUCCUACAGGUACGCGCCGCGGUAACAUCGAAGACAUGAUCCCCGUCCCUGAAGGCGUCUUUGACUGGUGCGACCGUGGCAGCAUUGAGGAAGGCAUGGGUCUUCAUCUCAAAGUGACGAUUCCCAACAAGAUGCAGACGCUUGACAAGAGUCGCAAUCUCAACGUAAGUGACCUCUUUGACCUGAACAACGGUGGCCAGUACGUCCGCUACGGCAGCCAGUUCGCCGACUACAUGUUUAUGAGCGUGUCUGGCGUGGUCGGGCCAAAGCCUGCCAAGGCGCAACCCAGUUGGCCUGGCAAGCCCCAGCCUGCGCUGAAUUACACCGAGCCACUGCAGUCUAUGCCCAUCCUGGCUCCAUGGCAGCUAUUGGAAAUCACGAACACGGAGACUGGCGCAGUGGUUCAGAGCACUGCCAAGAAGGUGGACAUGCUGGCUCAGAGAACAAACGCAUUGUCUGUGGUCGAGCCAUCGGGUUUGAUGGGAAUGCCAGAGCCUGGCCCUCCGAAUGAAGAAUACCUUCGCAUUACGCACAAAAUCUACAAGGAGGAUAUUUGAAGGCGAACUGUUGAAAGAUAUUCCAUACAGGCAGGAAGACAAAAGGAUGUUGUACCGUGAGCUCCGAUGCGCUGUGGGGUGUGUUAACUGAGUCUUUAUUAUCAUCGUUCGAGUUUCUGUGUUACGUUAACCUCGGCCAGCCUACGAGCGAAUGCAACGCACUGCAUUUGUUCUAUCUAGUCAAUGAAACCCAUAGUGAACAGACAUCCAACCAGACGUGGGAAACAGCGAGCUGGCUGUUGAUUUGUAGCUGGCUGCUUUUGUUGUAAUAACUGUUAGACGAGACGAAUCUAGACG